AAAAAUGUGGAGAUCCACCGAAUCGCCGUGGGAAAAGAUACCCGACAACCGAAUGCAGUAAAUAUCUGCAGUGCGAUUCCGAAGGCAGAGCUGAGAUAGAAGACUGCAAAUCUCCAAAAACCGUUUUUAACAUAACAUCAAAAGAGUGUGAGACGAACUCGACACCUCCUUGCAAUGGUAUGACGUAAUUGCAAAUUGAUAAAAUAACAGCAUUGUUACAACUUGUUGACAAGCUUGCUACAAGCUAGCCUACGGUGUAGACCCCAACAGAAACACGUUUCGUAGGCCAGCUACGAGAUUCCUGUUGAAUGGCUUUACCGAGACGACUUCCUAUUACUGCGGCUUGAAGCUCAAGGCGAGGAAUUGUGAGCUCUUUGAGUGGUGCAACCCUUGACUUAGCUGCAACAAAUUGUACACCGAAUUUUCCUUCUCUUUUUGCGAACGCAUCUUGUUGACAAGUUUUGAGAUUUUUACGGGUGUACAGGCGUAAAAAUCUCACAUCUUGUAACAAGUCUGCAAGGGUGGGUUGACUACAAAAUUUUUGUAGUUCGCUAUAACUACAGCUACUUCAAAAAUAUGUAGUCAGCUACAACUACUGCUACUUUUGAACAAAGGUAGUUCGCUACUGACUACAGCUACUGCUUAAAAAAUGUAGCGAACUAUUUCGCUAUUUCGCUACGCUAUAUAUUUUAGUUUUACUAUAUUUGGAGCAUCUACUAACUCGAGCAGUAAUGUAAUCUAUAACAAAUCGACUUACGAGUCGCAACAGUAAACACAAAGCAACAUUUUUGUAAGCACUACAGUGUUCAGGAGUGCGAUUAAUAUCAUGCUAUUCUAUCAAGUUGCUAACAAUUUUAAAAAGUAGCGAAUAGCGAGUCGCUGUUUGAAAAGUAGUCAACUACUUGGCUACUUUUAGGCAAAAUGUAGUUCGCUAUAACUACAACUACUGUUUUAAAAAAGUAGUCAACAACUACUGGCUACUUGAAAAUUGUAGUUCGCUACAGUAGCGAACUACAACUACUUCGCUACAACCCACCCUUGCAAGUCUGCCAACAAGUUGUUACAAACAAGCUGUUAAAAAUGUUUGUGAUGUUACUCUGAGUGUGCAUCGACACCGGGCAAGCUGAAAAUUUUGCCUGACCACGGUGAGAAUCGAACCCGCGACCUUUGGUCAGUCACUCUCGAGUAGCGCCACAAACAUCAUAUUCACCUGAGUACACAGGUAAAAAUCUCACAUCUUGUAGCAAGUCUGCCAACAAGUCGUCAACAAGUUGUGUUCGCACUGCUUGUCCCAAGUUGUCAACAAAUUUGGAACAAGCUGUUACUGUCGUUCCAAUUGAAGUGUUGCUCAAAUAUUGAUUCAAUACAUUACCUCGGGCUGACCAAUUCAUUUGAUCAAGUUCCUCGAGAUAUUCAUACACUUCCUGUGAAAGAGCCAAUUCCAAGUAUUUGAUCAUUUCUGAUCACUUCCUUUCUAUUCAUGAUUGGUUAGUUGCACAAACAACAAAGGUGAUUGGUGCAUUCAAACUAUUCAACAGGAAGUUUACAAUUAUACUAGGAAGUGUAUGAAUAUCUUGAGGGACUUGAUGAAUUGAAUUGGUCAGCCCGGGGUAAUGUAUUGAAUCAAUAUUUGAACAACACUUCAAUUGGAACGACAGUAACAACUUGUAAGUUAUAACAAUUAACCUUGGUGAUAUUGUAACCGAUGCAGUCAUGGUAUAGCAAUAUUGUUACAACCUGAUCAUGAUUGUAUCAGACUUGUUAGAACAACCUUGUAACAAGUCUGAUAAUGCCAUCAAGCUUGUUACAAGUUGUUAACAGCAUGUUCCAAACUUGUUACAACAACUGGGAACAAGCAGCGCGAACACAACUUGUUGACAGCUUGUGAACAGAUUUGUAACAACUUGUUUGCAGACCUGGAACAACUUGUGCGUUUUUACGUGUGUACAUAACACGAACACACACAUAAAUCAUAAGCUGUUCACAACUUGUAACAAGCUUGAUGGCAUUAUCAGACUUGUUACAAGGUUGUUCUAACAAGUCUGAUACAGUCAUGAUAUAACAAGAAUGUUACAUGGUUGUUCUAACAAGUCUGAUACAGUCAUGAUAUAACAAGAAUGUUACAAGGUUGUUCUAACAAGUCUGAUACAGUCAUGAUAUAACAAGAAUGUUACAAGGUUGUUCUAACAUUAGUCUGAUACAGUCAUGAUAUAACAAGAAUGUUACAAGGUUGUUCUAACAAGUCUGAUACAGUCAUGAUAUAACAAGAAUGUUACAAGGUUGUUCUAACAAGUCUGAUACAGUCAUGAUAUAACAAGAAUGUUACAAGGUUGACGAUACAAGGUUGCAACAAAUAUUGUUAUAUCAUGACUGUAUCGGACUUGUUGGAAUAACCUUGCAAUAAGUCUGAUAAUAUCAACAAGGUUAUUACAAUGAUUAAUAAGUUGUGCCAGGCUUGUUGACAAUUUGGGACAAGUGGUGCGAACACAACUCGUUGACGGCUUGUUGCGUGUGUACCAGAAACAGCUCAUGAUUUAGUUUAUUGAUUCUUGAAUUUUACAAAAUUAUUUAGAUGGAGACAAAGUGAGAGUAAGAGAAUGGCUACACCUAAACGCGAAAGAAAUAGAAACGUUGAGCAAUGGCAAAGAGCCAAUGCCUCCAACAAAAAUUUAUUUGAAAAAGGACUUUGAUAAUUUGAAUAAAUCUUUUAACGAUGAUUUCAACGUUUUGUUGAAAACGAGUUUCUUGGCAGUGGAAUAUGGUGUACAUACAUUCAGUAGUGACUGCAUACCGUGGUGUAAGAUAUGGAUAAGAAGGGAUAUAUGUGGCACACCCGAGCUUGUGUUACACCAGAAAGAAAUGGGACAUUCUCAGUGAGUAUAAACUAACAAGAAGUUUUAACAGUUAAGCUUUGGCCAGUGCUGUAAAGGUUACCUAUUAUCAGUGCUGUAAGUAACUUCGUUAGAAGUAACGAAAUUACAAGUAAUCGUUACUUUUUGAGUAACUGUAACGCGUUACUUUUAUAGCAACGUUUACGUUACUUUUUUCGUUACAUUCUUUCGGUUAAAACUUACAAUUCACCUCUCAGUUCUCGAAAUUCUCUUCACGGUUUUCUACGACAACGCAUGCUUCAGUGCUUAACACAGCUGAGAGUACAGUAGUUCCCUUGCGUAGUCUAGUUGCUGGCAUACAGUUUAAUAGGUGGUGCAUUACGUUAAAAAAAAACUGGUUUUUUUCUCACUUGAUAAAGUUACAAAAAUUUCUAAGUAACUUGUAACUAGUUACAAAAAUAUUGAAGUAAUUUUGUAAUGGCAACUAGUUACAUUUUUUUAAUUAAGUGUAACUUUUACCAGUAACUAGUUCCUUUUUGGGAAUGUAACUGUAAUUGUAACUAGUUCCAAAAAAUGAGUAACUUUAACAGCACUGCCUAUUAUUGGGAACCAGAGUGGUCAUUAUUUACGGCGGGGGCGGUGGCACCGAAGAGAAAAGGGUUGGGUAAACAAAAUUUUGAGUGAGUAAAAGGUUGGGUAAAUGAAAAACAAAACAACUCAAGGGUUGGGUAAUAAAAAUUUAUUGUCAUUUCCAAAGCAUGACUCGCUCAAAUAUUGAAGACUAAAAAGCAAUGUCAACAGCCAUAUAUGUCAACAAUCAUAUGGAAAUCAAUCAGAGUCACUAUCUUGAUCAUUUUCCGAUUUGUCACGAGGCAAAUGGUCUCUCCAAAGAAAGUACAUGUGCAGACAACAUGAAACUUUAGACUGCAGAAAAUUGCACAAGCAGUUAUCAAACUCAUGUCACAGAAGUGGUAAAGGACAUGUGUGACAACUGAAUGACCAGUAACUAGUUCCUUUUUGGGAAUGUAACUGUAAUUGUAACUAGUUCCAAAAAAUGAGUAACUUUAACAGCACUGCCUAUUAUUGGGAACCAGAGUGGUCAUUAUUUACGGCGGGGGCGGUGGCACCGAAGAGAAAAGGGUUGGGUAAACAAAAUUUUGAGUGAGUAAAAGGUUGGGUAAAUGAAAAACAAAACAACUCAAGGGUUGGGUAAUAAAAAUUUAUUGUCAUUUCCAAAGCAUGACUCGCUCAAAUAUUGAAGACUAAAAAGCAAUGUCAACAGCCAUAUAUGUCAACAAUCAUAUGGAAAUCAAUCAGAGUCACUAUCUUGAUCAUUUUCCGAUUUGUCACGAGGCAAAUGGUCUCUCCAAAGAAAGUACAUGUGCAGACAACAUGAAACUUUAGACUGCAGAAAAUUGCACAAGCAGUUAUCAAACUCAUGUCACAGAAGUGGUAAAGGACAUGUGUGACAACUGAAUGGCAUCCUUUUGUCUAGUAACGUUUUUGACCAGGGGUGGGUAUUUAUUUUUAAUUGAUAUUUGAGGUUGGGUAAAAAAAAUUCAUUUGAAAAAUUCGUAAAUUUUACUUAUUCUAUUGUCCUUAUAAUAAUAUACAUGAAACGCAAAAAUUAUUCAAUUCCGAUUAGCUAUUCAAAAUGUUGCCACGCUGUUGUUUUUCUGUUUCCAUUAAAACACGUUUUUAGCCUGUCGCAACUGUCGUGGAGAUAGAACUCGAGUCUAUCUCAACGACACUGCUGUAACUGUCGUGAACUGUUGCCCGCUUACUUGCUUAUGAUCUAGCAAUCGGAAAGCCCUAUUUACUUAAGGUUACUUCACACAAUGAACGUGCGUUUUAGUCUAUUGGACAUUGCGCAACGAAUUUUAGGUGUAACUUUACCAAAUUUUCAGUGAAGAAAGCCAUGCUGAUUUCGAAAAGUUUCAUUUGAUGGAUGUUCUGUUUAAACAUUUUCAGUAAUGGCUGACUGAGUAAAUAUGUAGGUACCUUCAUAAAAAAAUCAAAAUAUGUUUAUAAUUUACCUCAACGUUUGUCUAGAUAUCGCAAUUCGAAUCUUCAUAGGCAUGGUAAAAAACUUGGUGGAAUUAAUAUUAGGAUGUUAGGGUUUGUAAUCCAAGUGAGAAUAUAUAGAUUUUAAGACCUGACCAGGAACGACUGCGAAAAAUGCAGCACAAGGUUCGAUUCCUACCAGAGGACCUUGUGCUGCAUUUUUCGCAGUCGUUCCUGGUUAGGUCUUAAAAUGUAUAUAUUCUCACUUGGAUUACAAACCCUAACAUCCUAAUAAUGGUAAAAAACGUGUGCGGAAAAUUUCUCUUCUUUAGUGGUUUUCCUGAUAUGUCCUGAUUCUUGGAUUUGUCACUGAUAAUUCACGAAGUUGUCAAAGAAAACGUCAUCUCAGAAAAACCAUUGAAGGAGAGAAAUUUUCCGCACACGUUUUUUUACCGUACCUAUAUGAAGAUUCAAAUCGAUAUAUGUAGACAAACGUUGAGGUAAACUAUAAACAUAAGUUCUAUGUUUAUAGAACAUAGAACUAACAUAGAACUGUUUAUAGUUGAAGAACAUAGAACUGUUUAUAGAACUGUUUAUAGUUUUCUAGAACAUAGAACUGUUUAUAGUUCUAUGUUUAUAGUUUUUAAACUAUAAACAUAUUUUGAUUUUUUAUGGGAUACCUAUGUAUGUCUUUAGUCAGCCAAUACUGGACAUGUUUAAACAGAACACCCAUCAAACGAAAUCAGCAUUUUAUUGGCUUUCGUCACUAAAAAAUUGGUAAAGUUACACCUAAAAUUCGUUGCGCCAUGCAUGUUCAAUAGACUAUAAAACGCACGUUAAAACCUGUCUUCUUAACUUUUACUUCAAACCUUUUUUACAGUAAGGAAGUGGAAUACCAUGUCCAAAGAAACUAUACAAUGAAAUUUGGGACAUUCUACUAUCUUACCAUCGUUCAUAUUGGGAAAGCCUCAGGAGUUUUUAAAUUCCAAAUUGAAGUGAAAUGGCCCGGUGAAAAGAAGAAGAAAAUACCAGCAGUAUUAUUAAGGCUACCUCCCGAAAGUAAGAUUGGUAACACGAUGUGUUUCUUUUUAAAUACUUUAAAAGUCCAUGUGAAACGAGAAUUUUAUUGUCUGGUUUAAAAGAAGUUGAUUUUGGGCUUAUCUAACGAAAGAUUUAUAUGAUUGCUACGCAAGUUAGAACGUGGCUUAUCGCAAGUGUUAAACAUUUGGGUCAAAUAAUUUGGCGUUAAAUCUUUCAUUAUUUUGAACAUCAUCAGGUAUGAUUUUAGCGAUGGGCAACCAUUUCAAGUUAGUAAAAUUUCAACUGACCGCGUUUCGUAGAUUGACCCAGUAAUAAUCCUGUUAUGAUGAAAUAAAAUUACUAGAGAAUCCAGGCAUUUGAUUUUGUAGAGUGGGUUAUUCCAGCUACUGUAUAGACGAAAUUUUGAUCUAGACGAAAUCCAUUAGCAUAGCUGGAAGAACGAAAUCCAUUAGCAUAGCUUGAAAGGGCAUCUUAAAGUUAAAAUGAGUAAAAUUGCAAAGUUUGGUUGCGAAUUGUUGUAAAAUAAGGAAAAUAUAGUCCUGUGAAGUUCGCAAAUUUUGUAUAUAUUUGCAUUACGCGCGGGAAAAAUAACCAUUUUUGAGCCGAAAUUAAAAUGGUUAUUUUUUCCGGCGCGUAAUACAAAUGUAUACAAAAUUUGCGAACUUCACAGGACUAUAUUUUCUUCAUUUUACAACAUUUAGCAACCAAUCUUUGCAGUUUUACUCAUUCUAAGACGCUCUUUCCAGCUGUGGUGUUGGAUUUCGUUCUUCUUGCCUUGAUCAAAAUUUAGUUUAUAGCUGGAAACACCCAUUACGCAAAUGUACACUAUGUUUUUGUAAAGCGAUUUUGUUUCAAUUAGUAGCAAAGAUACACAAAUUAAUAUAACUCAUUAUGCAUAUUUGUGUCGUAGUAACUUGACAAGUAUAUCAAACUAACCGAAGUAUCCCGAAAACGAAGUAACGAAACGAAAAAUUAUAAACGAAGUUACGCUAUAGUUUUUAUAGCUCAUCUAAAUACGACAAUAAAAGUUUCGUUUCGUUACGUUUUUUAAAUACUUUAAAUAUGAUAAUGCAACUUAACUCCAAUCCAAUAUUCUUUUUUUACUUUCAGAAAAAUGUCCAAAACAGCCUUCAAUACACGUGACGCCUACUGCAACCGCAUCCCAUUUUGUGCGUCAGUCUCCGAACAGAACCGUGCCUCUUACCACCGGAACUUUGCCGCUUACCGGAGUUUUGUCAAAUACCGGAGGUUCAACCCCCACCGGAAGUUCGAUCCUUACCGGCACUUUGCCCAUUACCGGAAUUUUGCCUCGUAUCAGAAGUUCAACCUCUACCGGAAGUUCGAUCCUUACCGGCACUUUGCCCAUUACCGGAAUUUUGUCUCUUAUCAGAAGUUCAACCUCUACCGGAAAUUCGAUUCUUACCGAAACUUCAACCGUUACUGGAACUUCAAAACUUGCUGGAACUUCGUCCCCCACCGGAACUCUGACUACCACAAGACUUUUGGCACCAACUUCUGUAACUCAAAUCUCGGCAAUGAUUAAAUCCACCCCCACCCGGCAGUACACUACACCAAGUUCAUCGACCACAUCCCCCGUAGCAGAACUUUCAUCUAAAUGUAAAAAGUCUUUUCAGGUACUCUAAGAGUUAUUCAAUCAACGUUUUUAAAACGCUAUUUCUGAUUGAAGAAUAAGACACUAUAGAGGUCCAGUAAGGAUCAUCUCUUAUUGAUCCAGUGUUACUACAGGAGGAAACCUAAACUAAACUAACUUUACUUAUACUGGAUAACUCUGUCAGUUCUAAACUGUUCUCCCUAGAGGUCAAGUAAGGAUCGGUGGCCGGACAUUUUGCCGAAAGACAUUUUGCCGAACGGACAUUUUGCCGACGGACGUUUUGCCGAACGGACGUUUGGCCGAGCGGACGUUUUACCGAACGGACAUUUUGCCGAACGAACAGUUUGACGAACGGACAACUUGCCGAAAAUAAAGAAAUCUUCUGAACUUUAAAGGUUCACUUACACGGUCAAAGUUUCCGUGAUUAAAGUCAUUGUCGAUUUUGAUGACAGAAACUUUGUAGGGAAAUAUAGUUUCGUUUUAUAUUCUUUCACGUUUUUGACAAGUUUACCGAAAUUUCGCGAUAUAAAGAAUAACAUCAUUCAACAUCAUCCGUUCAGCAAAAUGUCUUUCGGCAAAAUGUCUUUCGGCAAAGUGUCUUUCGGCAAAAUGUCCUGGUACCGUAAGGAUCAUCUUUUAUUGUUCCAGUGUUACUACAGGAGGAAACCUAAACUAAACUAACUUUAUUUAUACGGCAAUUCUCUCUAAACCUCUAGGAAGAACAGUUUAGAACUUAACUGAUAGAGCUAUCCAGUAUAAAUAAAGUUAGUUUAGUGUAGUUUAGGUUUCCUCCUGUAGUAACAUUGGAUUAAUAAGAGAUGAUCCUUACUGGACCUCUAGGAAGAACAGUUUAGAACUGAUAGAGCUAUCCAGUAUAAAUAAAGUUAGUUUAGUUUAAGUUUCCUCCUGAAGUAACACUGGAUCAAUAACUACAAUAAGAAUGACUCUUACUGGGCCUCUAGAUCUAGGCAGAACAGUUUAUGACUGAUCGAGCUAUCCAGUAUGAAGUUAAAAUAUUCCUUUCCCUCCAGGACUGCGCAAACGGUUUAAGUAAAAUUUUAUCACCAAACGAGCAAACGAAUCAAUCUUCACAACGAGCCAAAGAUACCACUGGACUGUCCAUAGCAAGGAUACUUGACCUCAAUGGUCAAAAAUUUGCAGAGAAUUGGAACCAAAGCGGAAAAUCAAAGACUUUGUACUACAAAAAAUUUGGUAUGUUGGAAAACUUGUUCUUAUAAGAAUAUUAUUCUCAACAAGUGAAAAGCACCUAGUAUUGUCAGCCUAUGACUAUGUGCCUCCUGUAGUGACAAUGAAGAUUUCUAGCUCUUAAUAAAUCUGUAUGGAUAACAGCUUAGACCAGAUGUCAUCACAAUUCAAGUUAAUAAGUUAUAUAUAUUUAUAUUUUAAUUUUAUUUCAUCUUUUCUAGUGAUGGAAGUUAGCUUUCCUCUCACAAACUACUCAUUUCCACGUGGAAAUAUUACCGAUCGAUUUGGUAAGGAGUUUCAAUCCGAUCAAAUUUUCAUCCCGAUACAAGCUUUAGCUACAGAGAACGGAGGUGAGUGAGCGUGUGUGUGCCGAUCAUCCUUACUUGUAGCUGAGAACUAAGCUGAAUUAUGAAGGACCAGACAUCAAGUAUGAUGGAUUUCAAGGAGUACGUCUAUUUUCUUUUGCAGAAUUCAAACGUAAAGUGUACAGCGUCUUAUACUUGGAUCUGGACAAGAAAAUGCCACGUUCUAUUAACGUCGUUGAAACGUAUGUAACUGAACCUUAGUUUAAUAUUAAUUAAACUUUAAACUAAAGCGGCCUAAACGAACUUAAUUUAUUUAUACUGGAUAUAGCUCUAUCAGUUCUAAACUGUUCUCCCUAAAGGUCCAGUAAGGAUCAUCUCUUAUUGAUCCAGUGUUACUACAGGAGGAAACUUAAACUAACCUAUAUUUAACUUUAUUUAUACUGGAUAGCUCUAUCAGUUCUAAACUGUUCUUCCUAGAGGUCCAGUAAGAAUCAUCUCUUAUUGAUUCAGUGUUAUACUACAGAACGAAACCUAAACUAAACUAACUUUAUUUAUACUGGAUAGCUCUAUCAGUUCUAAACUGUUCACCCCACAGUUCCAAUAAAGAUCAUUUCUUAUUGAUCCAGUGUUACUACAGAAGGAAACCUAAACUAAACUAACUUUGUUUAUUCUGGAUAGCUCUAUCAGUUCUAAACUGUUCUUCCUAGCCAGUAAAGAUCAUUUCUUAUUGAUCCAGUGUUACUACAGGAGGAAACCUAAACUAAACUAACUUUUGUUACGUACUUCUAAACAUAUAAACUUGACAUUAUUCUCCCUGUCCUAUUAGGGAGACGAAUCAAAUUCCUGGAUCAUAUCAGCUUAAUAGUCACGUGAUUGCAAGUACUGCAGUACCAAGAAUCAGCGGUCUUAAAAGUCACGACAUUGUUAUCCGUUUAGCUCACUUGAAUGUAAGACUAAAAUUUGCCCAAACUAUUGUCGCAAGUUAUUUAGAAAAAGUUUUUGUUAUUAGAAUAACUUUUUGCUUGUCAUUCUCUAGACAAAUUUCAAUCCAGAAAUUAAGCCAAUGUGUGUUUUUCUCAAAUGGAAUAAUGACGUAAAGUAUGCUAUCUUUACUAAAUUUUGUUUAUCUAAAUUGGCGCACACGUAAAAAUCUCACAACAUGUCAACAAGAUGUGUUCGCAACAGGCUUGUAGCAAGCUUGUCAACAAGUUGUAACGAUGCUGUUAUUUUAUCGAGUUACUACAAGGUUGUCACUCGCAAUUUGUUGACAAAUUGUUAUAUUACAGGACGAUAACAAGUUGUUGGAACCACUUAUAACAAGUCUGUUGAGCUCAACAACCUUGUAACAAGUUGCCAACAAACCGUUGACAACUUGUGAACAAGCUGGGAACAAGCAGUGCGAACACACCACGCGCCACGCAAAAUCUUCCAGCCAGCGCCGUCGAUGAAAUUUCAUAGCAAAAGAUAAGAAAAACGCCGUUCGAAAGGUGAAAAUCGCUUUUUUUUAAUAAAUGAGAUACCCAUGGAAAUUUUGUUCAAUAAAUUAUUGUAGAAUAACGGUACGCGAUCACUUUUAUUGAUUUCCUUUUAUUAAAAGUGUUAACAUAACAUUUUAUUUUGCAAAAGUUUGUUUUUUUCCCCUAUCUACUCCUUAUUAAAAUCGUGAAAAGCACUGGCUGGAGUUUCAGAUACUCAUAUAUAAAAAAACAAAGCGGCGAAUGAUAUAAAUUCCUCAGAAUAUAACUCUUGCAUAAAAAAACAUGAAUACUUCUAUAAUAUGUAUAGUUUUUUCCUUUGCAUGGUCAAAAUUUAAUAAAAUAGUGAAUUAAUAUAAUUUUCUAUAGUUAAUAGACUGAAUAUAUCGGCGUGACAUAAUUUGCCGCGUGUUUCCUCUCUGUACUAUCUCUUCUCUGUGAUAUGGCUGUGUAAAAUCUGGAACAUAUGACAUCGACGAGUAAGAAUAUGUUCCGAAAUCUUACGUUCUAAAUGAUUUUACAUUUUUUUAGUUCUGAUGGAGUUUGGUCAACAGAAGGGUGUAAGCUUGACUCGGAUUUAUCAAAUCAAAAUGUAUCUGUAUGUCGAUGUAACCAUCUUACACAUUUUGGUGUUCUAAUGCAAGUGCACACUCAUAAGGUAAGAUCGCAACGAAUCUAAAUGAAUCUUCCUAUGGUCAUGGAAAACAGCUUUUACUGACCGACAUCGGCUAUCCAUUGUAAAUAUCAUAAACCAGCACUGUAGCACAUGCAGACACUAAUCUCUUACAAUUGACGUAUUGUAUUUUACAGUUGAGUUCAAACGAUGUCAAAGCUUUAAAACUGAUUUCCUACAUUGGCUGUGCGUUAUCCUUAAUUGGAGCAGGUCUCACUAUGUUGGCUAUAAUGUGUCUCCCGUAAGUAUAGCCUAGGAGUGCACAGUUUACAUUUUAUUGUAAAAGUUUGUCCAAACUUGCAAGUACAGUAGAACCCCGCUUAGACAGAAUAGAAUAUAUCUAAAUCACGUUAUGCCAAGGUAAAAUGUCGUCAACAAUAUGGUCUGCACGUAUUGAAAAUGU